AUGCAUCUUUAUGGUAAGAAACAGUUCACACAAGUUACUAAUCAUAAACCAUUGUUGAAUAUUAAGGGACCAAAAUGUGGAUUAACAAAAUUAGUAGCUGCUACACUACAGAGAUGGUCAGUAGUACUUGUUGCAUACAACUAUGUCCUGGAAUAUAGGUCCACCACAUAUAUGGAGAAUGCAAAUGCAUUGUCUUGUUUGCCAGUGGAUAGGGCACCAGAUGUUCAGGAAGUAGCUUGUGUUAUGCUGAUAGAUGCUCAUCAACCACCUAUUACUUCCCAGCAAAUUGUAUCAUUCACAAGGAAAGAUCCAUUACUCUCAGAGCUAUUGCAAGGCUCAGUAUCUGGUAAAGGCACUCAGGCUAAAGUUAAACUUUUUGUAGAUGGAUGGGGCGAGUUCUCGGUAGAAAAAGGUUGCAUACUGAGAGGGGCAAGGAUAGUAGUGCCCACUGAACUCCACAAGCAAGUGUUAGAAGAAUUACAUGCAGACCAUCAGGGAAUCGUAAGAAAAAAGUCCAUUGCCCGUACUUUUGUUUAG